GGGAGUAUUAAGCUAAUCACGUGCUGGGAAAGCAUGGUAUAUUGCAUGUGGACAUGUACAACCUUGGAAGCAAGCAACUCCAUCGAUCGCCUAUAAAUUCCAUCGCAACCAUGCAUGCAAUCACACCAGCAACUAAACACAUCACUAGCUACUUAAUUAGCAGCAGCUACAAUCUGAGUGUAAUUAACAGUGUCGUGAUGGCGCCUAGGCUGAGCGCCGUUGCAUUGGCGGCGUUCCUGCUGCUCGCCGUCGUCGUCGCCGCCGCCGCCCAGCCUAAGCCUAAGCCGGCCGGAAAAGGCGGCAAGCCGGAGAAGGGAGAGACGCCAGGGAAAGGUAAGCCGGAGGAGAGGGAGACGCCGCCGGGGAAAGGUAAGCCGGAGGAGAAAGAGAAGCCGGAGAAGAAGAAGAUAAAGGUGAAGUGCCAGGAGAGCCGUAAGCUCUACCCCUACUGCUCCGCCAAGAUGAUGGAGUGCCCCGACACGUGUCCCACCUCCUGCUUCGUCGACUGCGACGCCUGCAAGCCCGUCUGCGUGUGCAACGUGCCGGGGGCGUGCGGCGACCCGAGGUUCAUCGGCGGCGACGGCAACGCCUUCUACUUCCAUGGCCGGAGGGACGCCGACUUCUGCGUCGUCUCCGACCGCGACCUCCACAUCAACGCGCACUUCAUCGGCAAGCGCGGCGCCGACGGCAUGUCGCGCGACUUCACCUGGAUCCAGGCCAUUGCCGUCCUCUUCGACGACGGCGGCGCCCACCGCCUCUACGUCGGCGCCAGGAAGACCGCCGCCUGGGACGACGACGUCGACCGCCUCGAGGUCAUCGUCGACGGCGAGCCGGUGCUCCUCCCGGAGGACGCCGGCGCCACCUGGACCUCCGCCGCCGUGCCGGCGCUGACCGUGACGCGCACCAAGGCGGCGAACGGCGUGCUCGUGGCGCUCGACGGGCGGUUCAAGUUGAGGGCCAACGCCGUGCCCAUCACCGCCGAGGACUCGAGGGUGCACCGGUACGGCGUCACCGGCGACGACUGCCUCGCCCACCUCGACCUGGCGUUCAAGUUCGACGCGCUCACCGGCGACGUGCACGGCGUCGUCGGUCAGACGUACCGCUCCGACUACGUCAACAAGUUCGACGUCAGGGCGUCCAUGCCCACGCUGGGGGGCGACCACAGCUUCGCCACCUCCGGCCUGUUCGCCGCCGACUGCGCCGUGUCGCGCUUCGGACAUGGCGGCCGCGCCGCCGCCGUCGCCAUGGCCGCGUAGCUCGCUGCACUGCGUAUACCGACUUAAAUCAUCAUGCCCUCUUGAGUCUGAUGCUAUGAUGGGUAUGAGUGUUAAUUGUUCUGUUCAUUGGCCAUGGCUGCACGCCUGCACUGCAUGAUCGUCAAAGUGCGAAGUAAUAAUCUUGUGUUCGUGUUGAUUAGUUGAUGUGUUGAUAUUCGCAUCAGCUGCACUGUAGUAUUGAACUCUGCAAAGAAAUAAAUUUCAUGAUUUUUCGUAAA